AGGUUUUCGGUUUAGAAGCGAAAAGUGUCCGCGCGCGGCCGCUCGCGAGUUCAACACGCGAACUGAACGGCAACUUUUUUCAUAUUUUCUGUCCGCGCGCGCACCGGAGCUGAGGGACAUUACUGAGAUUGUUGUACUAACCGGAAAUUAUUCACACUGCAGACUGCAAACAUCAGACGCGGUGAUUCCUGCUGGACUCAGCACACACACACACGCACGCACGCACGCAUUCUCGGUUCCGGUUGGUCUCACGCGCCGCAUCAUCACACACUCAUAUACAUAGGCUGCAUCCGCGCGCCGUCAGGUGCUCGUGAAGGACACGCGCACACACACACACGCGCGCGCGCGCGCACAUUCAAGCGCGAGGAUGACAGAUGCACGCGGGCGGCAGGACAUUUCACCGUGAGCUCGCGACUGAUCAGCGGAAUUCUCGCUCCCCGCUCCGUUGCUGCGCGCGCGUGCGAGUGCAUGCGAGCUGUAUUAUUCCGAGUGUGUGCGCGCGCGCUGCAGCGGGACCGUGAGCUCAUCCGCCCGCUCUGAGGAACUUUAUCUCCGCCAGGACAUCAGAGAAGAAGAAGAAGAAGCGGGAGGAGAAAGAGAAAAAUAAGACAGAAAGAGAGUGAGAGGGGUAAACAGGAAUAAAGAGAGCAGAGAUGUGUGUGUGGAGAGCAGCAGUGUGUUUAGCGGCAGCGCUCGCGCUCCUCGGGGUCGGCGGGUCGCACGCGCAGCUCUGCCCGGCUCAGUGCUCGUGCGUCGGGACCACCGUGGACUGUCACGCGCAGGGACUGCGGAGUAUUCCGCGAGACAUCCCGCGCAGCACCGAGCGACUUGACCUCAACAACAACAAUCUGACCAAAAUUACAAAGGCUGACUUUGUGGGGCUCCGAAAUCUCAGAGUACUACACCUGAUGGAGAACAGGAUCAGCAUAAUUGAGCGAGGAGCAUUUCAGGACUUGAAGGAGUUGGAGAGACUGCGCCUGAACAGAAACAGUCUGCAGGUUUUUCCAGAGCUGCUCUUCGUCACAACAACCAAACUCAACAGACUGGAUCUGAGUGAGAAUCAGAUUCACGGCAUUCCGAGAAAAGCGUUCCGAGGAGCUACAGAGAUAAAAAACCUGCAGUUGGAUUAUAAUCAAAUCUCUUGUAUUGAAGAUGGAGCAUUUCGAGCUCUUCGGGACCUGGAAGUGCUAACACUGAACAACAAUAAUAUAUCUCGCUUAUCAGUGGCCAGUUUUAACCACAUGCCCAAGCUUCGGACAUUUCGUCUUCACUCCAAUAAUCUUGUCUGUGACUGCCACGUGUCCUGGCUCUCUGAUUGGCUGAGACAGAGGCCACGCCUCGGCCUCUACACUCAGUGCAUGGCUCCGCCUCCUAUGAGGGGACACAACGUCGCUGAGGUUCACAAGCGAGAGUUUGUCUGUACCGGUUCUGUGUCUCACUCCUCCUGCAGUGUCCUUCAGUGUCCUGAGUUUUGUUCCUGCAGUAAUAAUGUAGUUGACUGUCGAGGAAAAGGUCUCACUGAGAUUCCCACCAACCUUCCAGAGACUAUCACAGAGAUUCGUCUGGAGCAGAACUCCAUCAAGAUCAUCCCACCUGCAGCCUUCACACCUUACAAACGUCUCAGGAGGAUUGAUCUGAGUAAUAAUCAAAUAUCAGAAAUGGCUCCAGAUUCCUUUCAAGGCCUUCGCUCUCUCAACUCACUGGUUUUAUAUGGGAAUAAAAUCACUGAACUUCCUAAAGGCCUGUUUGACGGACUCUUCUCUCUUCAACUACUGUUACUGAACGCAAAUAAGAUCAACUGUCUGCGUGUGGACGCCUUCCAGGACCUGCAGAACCUCAACCUGCUCUCUCUGUAUGACAACAAGCUGCAGACCAUUGCUAAGGGGACAUUUGCAUCACUGCGGGCCAUCCAGACACUACACCUGGCCCAGAAUCCAUUUGUGUGUGACUGUCAUCUGAAGUGGCUGGCUGAUUACCUGCAGGAGAACCCAAUUGAGACGAGCGGAGCACGAUGCACCAGCCCACGCCGCCUCGCCAACAAACGCCUUGGCCAGAUCAAGAGCAAGAAGUUCCGCUGCUCGGGUACGGAGGAUUACCGCACUAAGCUGAGUGGAAGUUGCUUUGCGGAUCUCAUGUGUCCUGAGAAGUGUCGCUGUGAGGGAACAACCAUCGACUGUUCAGGACAAAAGCUCACCAAGAUUCCUGACAGCAUCCCACAAUACACUGCAGAGCUACGUUUGAACAAUAAUGAGUUCACUGUGUUGGAGGCGACAGGUGUGUUCAAGAAACUCCCACAACUGCGCAAGAUUAACUUCAGUAAUAAUAAGAUCAGUGAUAUAGAGGAGGGCACUUUUGAAGGAGCAAAUGGUGUGAACGAGCUCAUACUGACCAACAACCGUCUGGAGAGUGUUCACUAUGGCAUGCUGAAGGGUCUGACAGGUCUACGCACACUGAUGCUGCGCAGUAACAAGAUCAGCUGUGUGAGUAACAGCAGCUUCACUGGCCUGAGUUCAGUGCGGCUGCUCUCCCUCUAUGAUAAUCUGAUCACCUCCAUCACCCGGGGAGCCUUCGACACACUCCACUCCCUCUCCACACUGAACUUGCUGGCUAAUCCGUUUAACUGUAACUGUCACAUGGCCUGGUUGGGGGAGUGGCUACGGAAGAAACGCAUUGUCACGGGAAACCCUCGCUGCCUGAAGCCCUACUUUCUGAAAGAGAUCCCGAUUCAGGAUGUGGCCGUGCAGGACUUUGUAUGUGAGGACGGUGAUGAUGAGAAUAGUUGCUCCCCAUCAGCACGGUGUCCAUCAGAAUGCUCCUGUUUGGACACAGUGGUGCGCUGCAGUAAUAAAGGACUGAUCACACUGCCGAAGGGCAUCCCUAAAGACGUUACUGAGCUCUAUCUGGAUGGAAACCAGUUCACACAGGUUCCUCUGGAGCUCUCCAACUACAAACACCUCACACUCAUUGAUUUGAGCAAUAACCAGAUCAGCACGUUGUACAACAACAGCUACAGUAACAUGACUGAGCUGCUUACACUAAUCUUAAGCUACAACAGACUGAGGUGUAUUCCAGCUAAAGCCUUCGAGGGCCUUCAAUCUUUGCGAUUACUGUCUUUACAUGGUAACGAUAUUGCUGUAAUUCCUGAAGGAGCAUUUAAAGAUCUCUCCUCUCUUUCUCAUCUUGCUCUUGGGGCGAACCCUCUACACUGUGACUGUAACAUGCAGUGGCUCUCUGAUUGGGUGAAGAGUGGCUAUAAAGAACCAGGCAUUGCUCGGUGUGCUGGACCCAAGGACAUGAUGGACAAACUGCUGCUCACCACACCAUCCAAACUGUUCACCUGUACAGGUCCCGUGGACAUCAACAUCCAGGCAAAGUGCAAUCCAUGUCUAUCUAAUCCAUGCAAAAAUAAUGGCACCUGCACCAACCAUCCUAUUGACUUUUACAGAUGCACCUGUCCAUAUGGAUAUAAGGGUCAGGAUUGUGAAGCGCCCAUCCAUGCCUGCAUCAGUAACCCAUGUCAAAAUGGUGGAACGUGCAACCUAAAAGACGGAGCUGAGAACACACACUGGUGUGUGUGUCCCGAGGGCUUUGAGGGAGACGAAUGUGAGAUUAACAUCGAUGACUGCGAGGACAAUGACUGUGAAAAUAACUCUACGUGUGUGGAUGGAGUUAACACUUACACCUGUCUCUGCUCAUCUGAGUACACAGGGGAGCUGUGUGAAGAUAAACUGGAUUUGUGUUCUCCAGAGCUGAAUCAGUGUCGGCAUGAGUCCAAAUGUGUCCUGACUGCUCACAGUUUCACGUGUGAGUGCACUCCAGGUUACUCGGGAGAGCAGUGUGAGCUGGAUGUCGAUGAUUGCGUGGAUCACAAGUGCAAAAACGGAGCUCAGUGUUUCGACGCUGUCAACGGCUACACGUGUGUGUGUCCUGAGGGCUACAGCGGGUUGUUCUGUGAGUUCUCUCCCCCCAUGGUGCUACCCCGGACGAGUCCAUGUGACGAUCACGAGUGUGAGAACAGCGCAGAGUGUGUGGUCAGGGGUACAGAACCAGUGUGUGUGUGCCUCCAUGGUUACGAGGGCGCACAAUGUGAACGACUUACCAGCGUUAACUUCAUCAGCCGAGACGCGUUUGUCCAGAUUCCUUCUGACACACAAUACACUAACAUCACAAUCCAGAUCGCAACAGAAGAGGACAGUGGAGUGUUACUGUAUAAAGCCAAUGGUGAACAAAUGGCUGUCGAGCUCUACAGAGGAAGAGUGAGAGUCAGCUAUGACACAGGAACCAUCUACAGCGUGGAGACAGUGAGUGAUGGAAAUUUCCACGUGCUGCAGCUCACAGUGACGGAUCUAUCUAUUUCUCUGUCCAUUGAUGGAGGGAAACCCAAAUCCAUCUCGACUACACGGAGAAUAAGUGCAGGAUUGGGAGCAUCACCACUCUACCUGGGAGGCAUCCCUGUGCAGUCGUCUGUCUCUCCGUUCAGUAACGGCUCCAGUUUUCAUGGGUGUGUCCGUCACGUUUACGUUAAUGAACAGCUGCAGGAUAUGAUGCAUUUCCAGCGGGAGGGUGUGAUACCCGGGUGCCGCUCGUGCCAACCGAGUGUGUGUGUGCAUGGCCAGUGCCACGUUAACGCACGUGAUGCACGUGACGCAUACGAUGACACCCACUCAUCAUUCACCUGCGAAUGUGAGUCAGGGUGGACCGGUCCGUUGUGUGACCAGCCGCUCAGUGACCCCUGCCUCGGCAACAAGUGUGUGCAUGGCACUUGUGUGCCCAUUAACUCGUACUCAUACAGGUGUGUGUGCGCACCAGGCUUCAUCGGCGUGCUGUGUGACGAGCGCAGUGUGAGUGUGUGUGAGUGUAAACACGGACACUGCCGCCUCUCCGGCCUUGGCACAGCGUACUGCGAGUGCAGCCCUGGAUACACGGGGCUGCUGUGUGACAAAGAGAUGGAGUGUCGGGGUCACAGGGUCCGAAGUUACUAUCAGAGGCAGCAGGGCUACGCUGCGUGUCAGACCACGGAGAAAAUCUCGCGCUUAGAAUGUGCAGGAAGCUGUGGGGGCGGGGAUUCGUGUUGCUCCGCCCUCCGCACCAAAACCAGGAAGUACACGUUCCAGUGCACGGACGGCUCCUCGUUCAUCCAGGAAGUGGAGAAAGUGGUCAAAUGUGGCUGUACGAAGUGUCCAUCCUAAAACAGAGAGAGAGAGGGAGAGAGAGAGAGAGAGAAGAGACCCCACCCCUUCUCCAACAUACACACACUUCCUGUCCUCCUCCUCUUCCUCUCCUCUCAUCUAUUUCUCCAUGUUUUUAUAUAAAUGUUCACAUAUUUUCCGUUUCGGACUGAUGAUCGCUUGCCUCAGAAAAGAAGAUGGAUUAUUGUAAGAUACAGAACAAAAAAAACCCUAUUUUUUAUUAUUAAGGACAAAAAUGGUAUAGAUUUUAGAUUAUUUUGUUUUUCAUUUGCAGUCCUGAAAGAACUGUGAUUUUAUUUUUUUGUUUAUCUUUUAAAAAAAAAUUUUAAUCGUUUAAUUUUACUCAACAUCACCUCAGUGAAGAGCGGAGAGCAGUCUGUUUCUCCGUACGGGUUUUUGGACUAACUCACUUUUUCAACAUGGGGAAAAUAGUACCGCCAGUACACACACACACACACACACACACACACACACACGACAGGCUUCCCUGGACCAACAAGGGUGAAGCUUAAGUUAAAUCUGAUCAGCCGAUGCUAAUAUUAGCGCUUAGCAUAUAUUACUGAUUUUAGUUACACAAUAGAAGGCUAGCAAAACUAUCCAGCUAUAUAAACACAGCACAGCGCUAAUGUUAGCCAGGUAACUGCAGUAGUUAUCUAAUGUUAAAUAGCUAGCAAAGUUUGCUAGCAAGCUAAUUAUCAUCUGUUGUGUAACUAAGACCAGGCUCUCGAGCAAGCUAAUUUGAGUUCAAUUAGGGUGAUGUCAUAUCAUCGUGUUUGUGAUUAGCUGAUUAUUUUUGUUGACCCUGAGACACCUGUCAGUCAGAAACAUGAUCACACACACACACACACACACACACACACACACUAUGUGAACCCUCUGUAUUUAUUGUCUGAACCACUCCUUCAUAGUACUUUCCUGCUUUUAUCCACAGAGUUACAGCCAAUAUAAACCUUUAUUAAUUUAUAUUUGUCCUGUUAACAGCGUAGCUUACACACACACACACACGCACACACAUUAGCGUGCUGUAAUGUAGAACAACUAACGGUGGUUGACUCGACCAACGAGAUGUAAGUCAUGUUUAUAUAAAACCUUUAGUGGUGUUUCAAACCUUCAAAA